AUGGAUAAAGCCUCAGAACACAUUGACUGGUCGCCUGAUGCCUUUCGCCAGGUUUGUCUGAAUGGAACCGUCGAGGGCAACAAACUGAUGCACAACAAUCCUUUGAUAAAGGCCGACGAGCGAGGUCCGGCCGCUCUCAAAAGAUUGCAUGCUUCUGUAUUUAUACUUGGGACUGAU